AUGGCAGAGGAAGAGAAAUUCCCUGUUUUUAUGGAUGUUGAAAUAUGUUCGCCCCCCCAUGAAAGGAUGGUUUUUGAGCUACUCUAUGACAGUGCUCCCUUCACUGCAGAAAAUUUCCGUGCUCUAUGUACAGGAGAAAAGGGAACUAGUCCAAAAACGGGAAAGAUACUGCAGUACAAACAUUGUUACUUUCAUCGUCUCAAGAAAGGCAGCUCCUAUGUGAAGGGAGGUGGUUUUUGCUGGGAAACUGGGAAAGGGGGAGAAAGCAUAUAUGGUCCAUGCUUCCCAGUUGAGUCAAAUGAGCUUAAGCAUGACCAAGAAGGGCUCCUAUCCAUGUGCCGACGUGAUCAAAAAGCUUCUGGUUCUCAUUUUAUUGUCACACUGAAAGCUGAUCCAAGGCUUGACAGUUCGCAUGUGGUAUUUGGGAAGCUUGUAGAAGGACUUGAUACUCUGAGAACAAUUCAAGAGUUGAUUUACUAUACGCCAAUUAAAAUCUGCCGUUCUGGUGUAUUAUAUCAUGCCAGAGACCGACCUGUUGAUGUGAAGCCUUGUCUAUCUAGUGCGCUCUCUUUUCAGGGGAGAGCACUAGUUGAACUAAACAGGGCAAAUUAUCGAAGGCCAUCUUCCUCAAAGCCAAAGGAGGUUUAUAAACCCAUCCUCCCCGAAAAAAGGUUAACUGAUUUCUCUUUCAAGCUGAUGAUCUUUUUUGUUUCCACCAUUUGGCAAGUGAAGAAGGGCCUUCCACAAAGGCAAAGCUUCGCAAAACCUUCUUCCCCAGACCAACGUAGUAUUGCUGAUUUCUCUUUCAAUCUGGCGAUGUCUUUCUGGUCCCACCAUUUUGAUCUAGAUGUUAUUUUGGUUCCACCAGUUACUUAUUCGUACAGUUUCGAAGUAAAUGAAUAUCCGUUUUUGCGCUAA